AUGAACUCUUCUUCUUGUUUAUUAUUGCAUAAAAGUAAAAGAUUAUUAUCAUCUAUAAUAUCAUCAUCGUUGUCGUCGUCAUCUUUGUCAUUAUCUUAUCGAUCAUUAUCAUCAAGCAAUAAUAAUCAUAGCAACAAGAUGAAGAUAGUAUUAUCAAGAGUGUGGAGUGACCCUGAUACAUCAGUGAGACAAUCUCUUACACCGUUAACAAUCGAUUUGGAAAAGAACCCAUUCAAUGUUGGAAGAGGUCUGUUGGAUAUUGGUGAUGAUCGAAUCAGUCGAAAACAAGUAGAACUCUCUAUUGGUUUAAAUAGUCAACAACUUUUAAUUUCACAAUUAGGAUUAAACCCAUCAUUUAUUCAAGAUUAUACACAAUUUAUACAAUUGUCAACGACCAAGGGAGUGAUGGUACAAGAUUUGGUUGGUCAACAAAUUCAAAAGGGGUCAAAUCAAGUAAUCAAUAUUGGAAAAGAGUAUAGUCAAGGUUUAAUAUUAUCAUUUAUCAUUCCAGAUGAAAGACCUAUUCAUGUAAAGGUUGAUGUUAUUCCUAAUACCGCUCCUACAACUAGUCCAACAAAUCUUUUAAAGAGAUCACAAGAAAACAAAAAUGAUGGUGAAUAUAAUGAUAAAGAUCUUUAUGACUCUGAUCAUAAAACAAAGAUGAAAAAAGUAGUUGAAGAAGAAACAACAUCGACUACUUCUACUUCUUCUACUUCUACAACAUCUACAAAUAGUCAACAACAAUUGGAUAACUCAACCAUUGUUCCACCAAAACCAAAACCAUCAACAAGUAAAGGAAAAGGAUCAUGGAGUGAUGCUUUACUUCCCUAUUGUGAUGAUCCAGAAGGUCAUAAAGAUGUUGUUGUGUGGUAUGAUGAUCAAGUUGUCUUGAUUAAAGAUGUUUAUCCAAAAUCAAAAUAUCACUUUUUAAUGCUUCCAAGAGAACAUAUAUCAAAUUUCAAACAACUUUCCAAAUCACAUAUACCAUUAUUAAAAAAGAUGUACCAAGAUGGAAUGAAUUAUAUUAAAAAGAAUUAUCCAUCAAUUGAUAUUGAUAAAAACCUUCAAGUUGGAUUCCAUGCCAUUCCAUCAAUGAGACAAUUACACAUGCACUUUAAUACCAAAGAUUACAAUACACCUCAAUUAAAGAGAAAAGAACAUUGGCAAUCAUUUACAACUGAAUUUUAUAUUCCUCAAAAUGAAUUUAUUGGAAUGUUGGAAACAAAUAAUCAGAUUACUAUUGACAAGGAAAAGAUGUUGGCAAUUAAAGAUAGGCCUUUAGAAUGCCCAAAAUGUCACAAACAAUUUGAUAGUAUUCCAAAAGUAAAGUCACAUCAUUCAACUUGUUGUUAA